UUAUUUAAAACCAUUCAUUCACCAACCUCUUCGUUCUAUAAGUCACCGUUUUAUCACAACCAAAUUUCUAACUUCAGAAUUCAGAUAUUGCUUUUGUUUGUUUGUUUGUUUGCUACAAUGAAUUCUAGGAGAGAUGUUGAAAGUGGUGGUGGAGGGACAAAGAACAGAGUAGGUGACACAAACAAUUAUUCUGCUGAUGCUGCAAAUUCAUCUGCAUAUGUUUAUGAUGCUGAAAAUCAUAGGAAUUCAUGGCUUGUACCUGUUUUUGUGGUUGUUAACGUUGUUGUUUUCAUUGUGGCCAUGGCUAUUAACAAUUGUCCCAAGAAUAAUUUUGGUCUUCAAGGUGAUUGUGUUGCUAGGUUUCUUGGGAGAUUCUCUUUCCAGCCUUUGAGGGAGAAUCCAUUGCUUGGUCCUUCUUCAUCAACAUUAACCAAGAUGGGAGCGCUUAAAUGGGAAAAUAUUGUGCACCAGCAUCAAGGGUGGAGACUCUUCACUUGCAUUUGGUUACAUGCUGGGAUUAUUCACUUGCUAUCAAACAUGAUAUGCCUUGUCUUCAUUGGCAUUCGCCUCGAACAGCAAUUUGGAUUUUUGAGAAUUGGAUUGAUAUACCUAUUGUCUGGAUUUGGUGGAAGUGUACUUUCUUCUCUUUUUAUUCGAAAUAGCAUCUCCGUCGGUGCUUCUGGUGCUCUGUUCGGACUUCUUGGAGCAAUGCUAUCGGAACUUCUUACAAAUUGGACUAUAUAUUCCAAUAAAGUAAUGGCUUUGCUCACUCUUCUAAUUAUCAUCGCCAUCAACCUUGCUAUAGGCAUUUUGCCGCACGUUGACAACUUUGCUCACAUUGGAGGAUUUGUGACAGGACUUCUACUUGGUUUCAUUUUACUUCCACGUCCUCAAUACGGCUGGUUAGAGCAGCGCCGCCUUCCUGCUGGUAUUCGUCUCAAGUCGAAAUUCAAAGCUUACCAAUACAUUCUAGGAAUUGUGUCUCUAAUUCUCUUGAUUAUUGGGUUAUCAAUUGCAUUGGUGAUGCUGUUCAAAGGUGAGAAUGGAUAUGAUCAUUGUCAUUGGUGUCACUACCUAACAUGUGUGCCAAGUUCUAAAUGGGAGUGCAACAAUGAGAGUUAAACUGAGACAGCCUUAUAUAUGGUUUUAACUAGGAAUGUCUUUUCUUCUAUGAAUGUAUAUGUAUGUACAAAGCUCUUAGACACCGAAUAUUCACGGCUUAUAUGAAAAGUUAUUAAAUUGGUUUC